UUUUUAUUAAAAAAAAACAAAAAAAUGAAGGUUAUUGUUACUGGAGCUUCCGGUCUCUUGGGAAGACCUACGGUCAGAGAAUUUAAGAACGCUGGGUGUGAAGUUAUCGGUACAGCCUAUUCUCGCGCCAAAGAUGGAUUGGUCAAGCUUGAUUUAACUGACUCUGCUGCUGUUGAGAACUUUAUUGACGAGUUCCAACCCGAUGUUGUCGUUCACUGUGCCGCCGAACGCCGACCUGAUGUAGCAGAGCAAGAUCAUGAUGGUGUAUUACGCUUAAAUGUCGAAACACCUAAAGCUCUUGGCAGAAUAUGUAAAAAGAGGGGAAUUAUGUUGAUUUAUAUCAGUACAGAUUAUGUCUUUGACGGAACCGCACCACCUUAUGAAGUCGACGAUAAGCCUAACCCUUUGCAAUUCUAUGGUGAGACCAAAUUGGGUGGAGAGGAGGCUAUCAAGAGUGAAUAUCCCGAAGCUGUUAUUCUCCGUGUCCCUAUUUUAUACGGUCCCACUGAAUAUAAUGGCGAAUCCGCUAUCAACAUCUUGAUCGAUGUUGUUAUGAAUCAUGAUAAGCCUUCCACAGUGGAUAACGUUUCUAGUCGUUACCCUACUAAUGUUGUUGACGUUGCUCGUGUGCUCAAGGAUUUGGCAGUUGCAAAGGUCAGAGACCAUAAGCAUAUCAAGGGUAUCUAUCAUUUCUCUGGUCAAGAGAGCAUUACAAAAUAUCAAGUUUGCGAAAUUCUGGGUGAAAUUUUAAGCGUCCCAAUUGAUCAUCUUACUCCUCAAAACACAGUUGAUAAGGCCGCUUCAGUUUCAAGACCUGAAAAUUCUCAUCUCUCCGUUCAACACCUCAAAGAUGCUGGUAUUGAUACCAGUUUUGUUAGAUUAGCUGACUGGUUUUCAUCAAAUCUCACGUCUCAAAACUAAGGGAGGGGAAACGUUUUUAUUAAACUAUUUUUUCUGAAAAUAGCUCGGUUGUUUUUUUUGUUAAUGAUGUAUCAACAACUACCGAUUGUACAAUGAAAAUAUUUUAGCAUUUUCAUAUCAUUUGCUCUUGUCCAUACACAGCAAUCAUGAGAUACACUUACAAACAAAAAAAGAGAAGCAAACUUUCGAUUAGAUCAAUAAAGCAGAUGCGGCUGGGUUAAAGGUACAGAGUUUGGUUAACUCCAAUCUCCCAGUUAUGUGGUCUUGCUUUUAAAAACAUAUCAAUGCGAUAUGAUCACCAGUGGUUUCAUAAGGAGAUAUCAACUGUCACUUACAAAGGUCUUGAGUGAACUUUGAAGAAUAUCGAAGUCAAUUGCAUAAAUUAAACGAUAGAUAUUCUAUAAAACCUAGGUCAAACAAAUUAAUUCCAUGUGUGCCCCCAGAAAAAAAACCUACCGGCCUAUUUUGUGAGACAAAUGCUGUUGUUAACAUUUGCUG